AUGAAGAUUGCCACUUUAAUUUUCGCUUCUUUCCUCAUUGCCGCAUGUUGUGCCACUUCCUACACUUUCAAUGGAGCAUUCUCAAAUAGCGCCUUGACUACCGCUCAACAAAACGUUGCCGGUUACACUCCAAACUCCAUCAAUGGUUCAGCUUCUGUUGUAAUCAGUGGUGACGCCACCAACGGUUUCACCGUCCAAUACAAUCUCACUUUGGCCAACCUCGCAACACUCGUUGUCUCGAGCAUCAACAUUUCUGGUCCAGCCCCAGCCGGUUCACUUCCCACUACCGCUGCUUUCUCAUUCCAACUCGACAACGGAACCUCAGAUUCUGCCACUUACACUGUCAACAACCAACUCACUUUCGGUCCAGCCUCUGAUGAGGGAAAAGUCAUUGCUGCCGGUAUCGGUCAAUUGGUCGGCUCACCAGUUCCAGUCAUCUACGUUCAAGCCAACGCCAAGAACACCACCGACGGUACUGCCAUCGCCAUCUCACGUGCUCAACUCGCCUACGUCCAACCAUCAACUACCGGUACCACUGGUCCAUCUACCACCACUGGAAACGGUACCACCACCGGUGACUCUACUACCACUGGAUCUGCCAACGCUUUGACCGCCUCAAUUGCCAUGAUGAUCCUUUUGGUUGCUGCCCUCCUUUUCUAA